AUGAUCGUCACUUCGGCACGGCGCGCACCGGGCCAGGCCAGGUCUUUGGCCGAGUCCUCCUCUUUCCUCUUCCCGCGACGAGCACGACUGCGCUACACCACUGAAGCAUCCCACGACCGGCCAACCGCAGCGAGACGCCGCCAGUUCCACGACUACUUCGUCACGCAUAUCCCACGUUCCUCCCUCCAUCCCGAUCCGCGCGGCCCGACCUCUUCUUUCCAUAAACUGCCUCGCUCGGCGUCGAUCCCGCACACUGGAGACACACCCCGAUCACCGACAAACUUCCAGGCGCUAGUUGGCCGGGAGACGACUGUGGUACGCGUUCCCCUGCGCAGCGCCAAGCAUCACUUUGGGGCCGUCAGUGCCCGUGGCACUCGCCUGAGCAAUGAAGACACAUAUCAAGCUGGGGUCAUCGACAUCCCUGCGUUCGCCAAAAGACCGCCCGCAUCGCUGACUAUCAAGCGAGAUGCUGAGGAUCAGAGCCGAGAGUCGCGCGGCGCGCAGACUGCCAGCGGAGACCCGCAGGUCUUCUACUUUGGCAUCUUUGACGGCCACGGCGGGGCCGAGUGCAGUACAUUUCUGAGAGAUAAUUUACACGAGUACAUCCAGAAUGCGGCUGCCGAUUUCGAGCUCCAGUCGAGCCUGCGGGGGAAUCGGCAGCGCAUCGGUGAUCUGGAGAAAACCCUGGUCCAGAAUUGGAGACAGUUAGUGGGCGGCUAUUUCAAACGGUUCAAGCCGUCGAACUUCUUCUACUACGGGACCGAGUCUGCGGCAGACGCUCGCGCAACGGGUUGCGCUUCAAUUGAAGAGGUCAUGGAGUACGCGUUCUUACGGGCAGACAUGGACUUCGUGGAAGCGCAAGCGGCCAAGCGGGACGACGAUCUGGUCCAGGCCGAAAAACCAUUGAACGAGGACGAGAUCCUGCAUAGUCCCAGCCAGACUCGGUCCAUAAAGAUUGGCGGACGCGCGCGAUUCAAGGGUGGCAGCACUGCAAGCGUGGCCAUGAUCUCGACACCGACGCCGACGCCCUUCUGGCACCCCGUGGGCCCGUCCAGCCUACUGAUCUCGCAUGUGGGCGACACGCGGAUCCUGCUGUGCUCCACCACCACGGGCGAGGCCAUCCCACUCACCUCCAACCACCACCCCUCAUCACCCAUCGAAGCAAGCCGACUGCGCCGGUACGCGGCCACCUUCGUGACGGACUCCUUCGGCGAGGAGCGCAUGAGCGGGCUUGCCAACACGCGAGCAUUUGGCGAUGUCCAGUCCAAGCGCAUCGGCGUUUCUGCCGAACCCGAGCUGCGGCGCAUCGAAAUGGGCCCCGCCGAGUUCUCGUUCCUCGUCAUGGUCUCAGACGGCAUCAGCGGCACGCUCCUCGACCAGGAAGUCGUGGAUAUCAUCAAGGAGGCCCGCACGCCGGACCAAGGCGCCACCGACGUGGUCAAAUUCGCGACAGAAGUCACUAAGGAAGGCGACAAUGCCACCUGUCUGGUCAUCCGGCUCGGUGGCUGGGAGCGCCGGCUUGAAGGCGGCGUGGGAAGCCUAGGGACGAAAGAGUCUCGCGAGUGGCGGCAACAAGAAGCUACGGAUCCGCGCAGGUCACGGACAUGA